AUGAGUCAUUCCAGCCAAAUUGGAAGGAUUUGUUCAUACGGUCCUUGGUUCCUGAUUUGUGUUCUCCCUUUUCUUGCAAUAUAUGUAACAAAGUUUAAGUAUAAAGUGAAGAAAAUCUACGUUGAUGAAAACAUUCCACUUUAUAAUUACAGUGAUAAGCCAGUUGUAGUUUCGCAUUUAACAGACAUUCACGUAACUCCCAAUAAUCCAGAUGCUCGCGCAAGAUUAAACCGUUCUCUCAGUUAUAUUCACAGAAAAGUUAAACCAUCGUGGGCUCUUAUAAGUGGUGAUUUGGUUGAUAACUACGUUGGAAGUAAAUCUCCUACCGCUUCUUAUCAACAUGAAGAUCAUUGGAAAAUCUAUGCAGAUGCAAUUAAUUCAUCCGGAAUUUCGAAAGAGGAACUUUUUGAGAUUUUUGGAAAUCAUGAUCUCUGGGGACUUACUGAAUGGGAUCCAGUUAAUUCUCUACCUGCAAAAUAUACUACUACAGAAAUGCCAGAUUUUACAGCAUUUUCUCACGAAAGGCGCAAUGUCAGAAUAGUCGCUUUUACACCACAAGAAUUCCCAACAGGAUAUGGUCCACUUGCAUUUAUUCUCGCAAUUCUUCCGAAGCAUCUUGACCGAUUAGAAGAAAUUCUCAAACAACCAACCAAUUGCAAAUAUACUAUUUUAACCUGCCAUUAUACACAUGAGUUAUUAUAUCCGCGUUCAGCAAAAUCAAAAUCAGGUCUCACAUUCAAAGAUAUGCUUAAACAUUACAAUAUUACAGUAUACCUUAAUGGCCAUACUCACCCACGUAAGAUUGAACCAGUUCACUACGGUGGUGUUAUGGAAUUAACUGCCAGAGCCACUAAAGUUUCAUCAGAUCUUACAAUUCUUACCUUAGAUAACAACAGAAUUAACUAUAAAUCAAUAAAUCAAUACAGCGAAUACAAUGCAAUCAUAUCACAUCCAGUUCCACAGCAUCUUCAGGUUGCAAAUACAAAAGAUACAACAUUUCCAAUAAAUGUCAUAUCAUUUGAUCCAUCUCAGACCAAAGUAUUCAACGUAUCAGGUGAUGCUACAGGUACUCUUACAUUUAAAGAGUAUAUCGAUGAAGAAAACAGUGUUGCCUUAUAUCAGAUGAAUGCGACCUUCGAAAGUGGCAUCCAUACAAUAUACAUCACAGGAGAUCUUACAGAUAAUGUUACUUUUGCUGUUAAUUGCGAGUCAGGACCUUUCUAUGAGUCUCAAAGAUCAUUGAUUGAUCCAAAGACAGGUAUGGUCGGUUUUCCGAUGAUGUUCAUCUUAUUUGGAAUCAUAACUAUAUUUAUUUGGGUUCCUUUCCCUUAUUUCAAUGAUACAGCAAGUUAUAUUAUUGGAUCUGGCCAAGCUGUCAACUGGUGGCUCAUAAUUUUCUGCGGACCAAUAGUUGUAGGAAGAGCGCUCUCUAAACUUGAGAUUUGGAUCAAGAUUUUCCUCACAAUCGUUGUUUUGUGGGAAAUUUGCCUUCCAAUAACACUUUAUAACUUCGAAGGCAAUCUGGCUAUGUUCUUCAUAUGGGGAUACGUUACAAAAGGCAAGUACGUCAAAGAUGUCUUUUCAUAUGUUUGUGGUUUUGUUGCUUUCACAGGUUUCAUCUCGGAUAUCGUUUUUGCAGGCCUUGUUUACCUAUCUAUCCUUAAUAUUGGCUGGAGUUAUUACCAUUUAUUCGAUCUUUGCGUUUUGAUCGGAACUCUUGGUUUUGGAUACUGGUUCUGCAACCUAUAUGUUGGCGAAAUCGCUUACUACGGCGUUUGGGUCGGUUCUUUCCCUUAUUUUAUCUUUCCGGUCCUUGCAAUUAUUAUUUACGCUGUUAGUGCCUUCUUCUACUAUAGAAAGCCAACACAGCCAGAUGUAAGUUCGGAGUCAGACCAAGAAAUCAAAGAUGGAAACACAAAACUUGUUCAGCCAUAA